CAAGUCAUGGAGCGCAUAAUUCACCUAUUGACUAGCUAAACUUACAGGGAGGAAUAGGUAGUGCUGCAUCUGCAGCAUCUCUUGUCUUCAUUGGAGUUUAUUUGGAUUUAGAAAGCUGCAAUGGCAGGGCCAUCGAAUCAAGAAGCCAUAUCAGUAUAUCUUUAUGUUCCUAAUGUUAUAGGAUAUAUAAGGGUCAUCUUGAAUUGUGUGGCAUUUUUGGUUUGCUAUUCACAUAAAUCUCUCUUUGCCAUUCUUUAUGUUACAAGCUUUGUCUGUGAUGCAUUGGAUGGCUGGUUUGCACGAAGGUUAAAUCAAGUGUCGACUUUUGGAGCUGUUUUCGACAUGGUAACAGACAGGGUUAGCACUGCAUGUUUACUGUCUCUUCUCUCACAACUAUACAGACCAGGCUUAAUUUUCUUGGCAUUGCUGGGAUUGGACAUUGGAAGUCACUGGUUGCAAAUGUACAGUUCGUUCUUAUCCGGCAAAACUAGCCACAAAGAUGUGAAAGACUCGAGCAGUUGGCUUUUCAAGUUGUACUACGGCAAUCGCUUGUUCAUGGGCUUCUGCUGUGUGGGAUCUGAGGUCCUCUACGUUAUCCUCUAUCUUCUUGCCGGUGAGAAAUCUGAAAGCUUGAUCAGCGUCUAUUUGAAUGCUUUACGAAUGAAUACGCUCCUCUCUUUGCUGCUGCUUUUAGUUUCGAUUGGAUGGGCCAUUAAGCAAGUUGUGAAUGUCAUUCAGAUGAAGUCGGCUGCUGAUUCUUGUGUGAAUCAUGAUACAAAGAGGAAUGUUUGAUCAUGCGAGAUGCAACUUGUCCAUCGUCGAAUGUACUAUGUUUCAGCCGAGUGAACCCUAACGGUUUUGUUUAAGAUUUGAGCUCAGCAACUUACCAUUCCCUGGGACUUUAAAACGAGUCAAUUCCAUCGAAUUGCACUUUGUUAUCGUACCUAGCUCCUUAAAGCGCAUUGCAUUUGCAGUUCGGUUGCACUUUUGUCGGUUUUAAGUUUUAGAAAUUUGUCAGGAGCUGCACGCACUUUAUUUGAAUCAUUUGUCUUAACAAA